UAGUUUACUGAUGCGGGAAGGAGAAGUUGGUUCGUGGCAAUCUGUGCAGCUAAUGAACCGAACCAAACUAUACAUAGGUGGCCUAGCUCACUAGGAUAACCCAAACACUGGCAAACCGGUGAACGCCAAGCCGGAGCGGGCCGUAGCCGAACUGCGGUUAUACUACCAAUGGGAACGUGUGCGUGUCACUGUACUAACACUUGAGGCCUCGAAGAAAAUGAUGCCACGCCGGUGCAUGCGCUGGCAUCUGUUUCAUUCCAGUGAUGCAAGCAAUUGUGUAUAAAAGCCAACAUACUAACAUUGAACUUGAAAAAACACCAUCAAGUCUCAGAAAUGAAACUCACUUCACUCACCACUAUGACCAUAUCUGGUGCAGUGAUGGCUGGCGUAGCCAUCGCAUCUAACGGCCUGCUGAUAACACCCCAGAACCUACCCUGCAGCCCCUCUAACCAGGCAGGGUGCUCGACGGGCAUCACAGGUUGGAACAGCGACAACGAUUUCCGGUAUUAUUGUGGAUCUAGUGGCACAAUCACAUCCUACACAGCGUGUGAUUGUAAAAAUUGCUGUAUCGACGCUGACAAUGGGCAAGACGUCUUCUGUUGA